AUGUUACAUGAAGAUCGUUAUGAAUGUUUAAUUCAUUUAUGUGAAAUUAUUGAAGAUUGGAAACCUACAUCAUUAUCAACUCGUAUACUUCAUUUAUUAGAUCGAGAAAGACCACUACUUUUACAACGAACAAUGUUUGAUCAAGAUGAUGAAGUUCGUGAUCGAGCAACAUUUUAUUAUCAAUUACUAAAUCAAAAUGAGAAAGGACUUUAUUCAGCUUAUAUUCUUAAUCGUGAGUAG